AGCGACACAUCCGUCGACGUCACAACCGGAAGUAUGUUUACAGUACGACCCGGUUAUUGGUAGGAGCAUUCGGAAUAGAGGCAGAUCUGCUAUAGGCAGUGUAGUAUACGGUCUUUGACUCAAACAUUUAGAGUGUCCAAGGAGACAAUGAAGAGUCUUCCGUAUUUCUGCAGAGGCGCAGUAGUGAGAGGAUUUGGCAGAGGAAGCAAGGAGCUGGGAAUACCGACUGCUAAUUUCCCAGAAUCUGUGGUCGACAACCUGCCAUCUGAUAUGAAGACGGGAAUAUAUUAUGGCUGGGCUUGUGUUGGAAAUAGUGAUGUGCACAGAAUGGUUAUGAGCAUUGGUUGGAAUCCUUUCUACAAGAACACUAAGAAAUCAAUGGAAACCCAUAUAAUUCAUACAUACAAAGAAGACUUUUAUGGAGAAACUUUGAGCAUAGCUAUUCUGGGCUAUAUUCGUCCAGAAACGAGCUUUAACUCUCUAGAUGCCCUUAUAAAAGCAAUUCACAACGACAUUGAGGAGGCCAAGAAGCAACUCGAUAUGCCAGAGCAUCAGAAGUUUAAGGAUGAUGAUUUUUUCAGCACCUCAAAAAAAGAAAUUAUGAAUGGUCAUUGACUAAAAUGUACUAAUUUUAGUAAUCUUUUAUUAUCAAUGUUGAAUAAUAUUUAGAAGUUUGUUAAUUUAUGAUUUUUAUAUGAAGGAUUAAUUACUUACAAUAAACAUACACGGGCAGCAACAAUAUUUUAAAUCUCAUCCUCUUCCAUGAGGUAAAUACCAUGGUGUCCAUUUUGCUGUUGACGGCCUUUAAAGUGCAUAGUUUUUAUUUUAAUUGUACGCAUCAUUGUUUUGUAUUUAUGCGUACAGAGGCUCCAGCAAGUUAAUUAAUGUGUGGCCUGAAGUAUUCUGCAUGCAGCCAGUCUUAGAGCUGCUAAUCGUCUGUCAAAGAAGCCGGUAAUUAAAUGCAGCAAAAUUAUUUCAGUUUA